UAUGGCCCGAGAGUCGGGAGGCUUCCGAGACGGCUGUCGGUCUGACUCACUUGAACUUUGUCUGCCUGGCCGUUGCUGAACAUUGAGAUUUCGCCCUGAAAACCUUAACUAAUCCCUGAUGCUUCGAGUCAUCCCCGCUCCCCGUAUGAGUCAGACGCACCUUCCGCUUCGCUCGCUCUUCGAAUAUAUAAUUACCGGAUUCUGCUUUUCGACAUCAUUCGAAUUCCUCUUGCACAAUACAAUACAGCACUAUCCCCGAGGAUAGUGUCAUUUGCAAUCCGAUUCGCCAUGGACGAAGGUAUUCACGAUCUUCUCAUCCUCACGGAUGCUACCGCAUCCAUGGGCACCUAUCUCGGGGCCCUCAACGACUCGCUCCCCGAGAUUAUACGCAUCUCGGCCUUGACAGGCUGCUUCUCCCGCAUCGGGGUCCUCGCCUAUCGGGAUUACAACCGUGGGAAAGUGACAGAGUGGUCCGGCUGGUACGCCGCUGCCAGCGAUUCAGCUGAUGCCGGAGCUACGACAUCGAGGGAUCAACUUCUAGAUUUCGUCAAACUCAUACGUUCCGAGCACGGAGGGGAUUGGCCCGAAGCCACCAAGACGGGCCUGGCUGCGGCAUACGAGCACAUGCGACCCGGCGCCAAGACCAUCAUGCUCAUCUAUUCCGAUGCCCCUCCCCAUACCCCGGCCACGGGCGGUGACAACCGAGAUAUUGAGCGAUCGUUGCUACGGCAAAAGGACUCGUUCGGAGGAUAUGGCCCGUUGUUUGUGGACUGGGUCUCGGCCACGAAUGCGCUACGCGACGGGGAGAAGAAGGCCCAGGUUUUCAGCAUUAUAGGAAGCCAACUUGCCGACACCCUUGGACCCUUCACUUUCCUAUCUACUCGCACGGAGGGGGUCUGCUUCGAACUCGACAGGAACCCCAGGGCAGACGUAAUCUCGAAGACGACUGUUGACAUUCUCCUGACCUGGAUGGGAGCAGAGAAGGAAGGAUCGAAGGCGAACACCCGCGACAUCGCCAGCGUGGUCCGGUAUAUCGACCAGAGCACCAUCGGGCGUGUGAAAUCGGAAGACGAUGACCUUUCCAAGACGUACUGGGUCAAGGAAGACGAGGAACCCAUUGUGAGGCUUGUCAAGCAGAACCUGCGCAGGACCGAGGUCAGCGCCGAUGAACUGAAACAUAUGGUGGUUGGAAGACGGCCGCCUGUGACCGACUUCUCCAAGCGCUACCUUGCUGACGAGGCCUACCGCGGGCUGGUAGUCGACAAUCUGAUGGACAUCAUCCAGUCGGACGUCACGGCGGUCGCUGUCAAUCCGGUCUUUGGCAGCCUGUGGCGCACAGUCUGCAACGAUAGGUUGAAUGAGGCGCGUGACGGAUUGAUCGAGGCCUUCGGAACGCACGUGGACAGGAUCAGCGACGCCGCAAAGAGGGCAGACAUGAAGGUUUGGUUGGAAGAGUCGUACGACUACGCCGCCGAGAUUGUUGAAAUCAUCCGGUCUGUCCCAGAGGACGAGAGAUAUCCUUGCGUGUUCCUGGAUCCGACACUCGAGUUCGAGCCGACAACGGCGGAGGCGGGUGAAGACAGUGGGCCCGCCAAGUUCACGCGAGAGGAGCUUCUAGAAAUCGGCCGCUCCUGCGAUUACCGAAUCCUUCGUCGCCUGGGUCGCGUGCUGACUCGUCUCACUUAUGUGGCGACGAAGGACGAGCUCCCCGCGCACAUCAAGGACGAGCCUGACAAAGAGGUUCCUCGGAUUCCGCUUGCGCUAGUUGCGCCCGAGUACAAGCGCAAGUUCUGGAAGGUCCUACUUCACGCAGUCCUCCCCGGAACUAUGCUGUCCCCUCGCCCGGCUGCCCUGCUUGCCGCCCUCAGCUUACGCAUGGGGAUGCUCCCUCUUCGUGACGCGGCCGACACAGAGCUUCUCCAAUGGAACAACAAGUGGAACACUCUCGACAUCCCAGAGACGUGGAACACCAAUUGUCUGGCCUUGAUCCUCGAUGCCGACGACAGCUACGAAGCCCGGGUGAAGGAGGGCAUCACGGCGCGGCCGUCUCCUGAGGCUGGCUUGCUCACGCUCGAGGAUCGCAGGUUAUUCAAGACACUCGUGGACUACAAGAUGCUGGAGAUGAACCUCGAAACCACCCUGACUGCCAAGGUGGGGUGGCGGCCCGAGAAGACCAAGGUCAGCAUGGGGCCGACCACCAUCUGCAGAGUGUGUCAUUACCCGCGGUCUGUGACAAUGAUGGGCACCGGCGGAGUCUGCGGGUUCUGUGACGAGGGCGUCUGCUCUUGUCCCAGCCCCGAAGAGCACGAGGAGAGAGUCCACGGCAACGUUAGCAAGACCGACGACGAGGCGACAAAGAUCAGCUGGGUCGAGUGUACGGUAACCAGCUGCCGAGCCCAGUACGCCGUCUACCACCAGGACAAGCUCCAAGUCAGACCAAAGUGCCACUUCUGCCGCAACUCGAAGCGGUCCGCAACCGACACAACUACCCCGUCCGCGGCCCCAUUUGUCGAGUGCACCAAGUGUCUCAGCCGAAUGAUCUGGCCGACCGAGUAUCGCCCCUCAGACUUCCAACCGAACAAGUUCACCUGCCCAGCCUGUACAUCCGGCGACAUCCAAACAAUCAUCGACGUCCCCACAACAACCAAGUCCCUAGCCGAAGAGAACGGCCGGUCCUGGCUCCUCCGCAACGACGGCCCCAAGAUCGCAGCCCCAUUCACCGGCCGCUCGCUCUUCCACGUCAUCUCCACCGCCGGCCGCGACGGCUUCGCCGACGCCGUCGAGGUCCUCCCCGCCGCAAACAACACAGACGCAGAACCGGCCCACCUCACCAUCCGCGGUAAGCUCGUGCGCAACCAAACCUCCCUCCUAACGGAGCUAGCGGGUUGGAUCUCCGCCCGGCGCGCCCAGGCUGGAACGUGCAGCCUGUGCUUCUCGGCCGUGUCUGCGAGGAAUCGGGGAGAUCUCACCCUGGCGUGUGGCCGGUCCGGGUGUCUCCAGCGCAUCUGCGGGGCAUGCCGGGGCGGGUGGUAUGGGCUCAACGGGCGCGGACGGGUCAUCAAUGCUGCGGCGCUGUUGUGUCCUUUCUGUCGGCGGAGGCCUGCUGCUGGGAAGGGGGGAGCGGUUGGUGGGGUGGGAGAUCUGCGGUUGGCUGUUGAGGAGGCUGGGAGCUGGGUGUAUGCGUGGUGUGCGGGAUGUGGGUUUGCGAGGCGGUUUGUUGAGAGGGUGUGUGCGGCGGGGGCGCCGGCUGAGGUGGUUGGGUGGAGGUGUGAUGGGUGUAUGGAGACGGGGGUGGGGGUGGGGUUGCGGAUCAAGAACUGUCCUGGUUGUGGCGUGCCGACGGAGAAGAUGGGCGGGUGCGACCAUAUUGAGUGUCUUGUUGAUGGGUGCCGGACGCACUGGUGCUUCUAUUGUGGGUUGGAGGUUUCGCCCGAGGAGAUUUACCAGCACAUGGCUGACUCUCACGGGGGUUGGUACGAUGGGCAGCAAGAUGAGGCGUACGAGAGCGACAAUGAGUGAUUAGGGACUCGUUAUUGAAAUUGUAAAGUAGGACUGGCGUAUGAUAUGAUGGCAUGGCCUUACUCCCCCUAUUUGGGGAAGUACUGUACAUAAUAAGUUACGCACUAUUGUUCUCCAGGGCCGUUAAAGGGCCCAAGCUAUGGCACCAGUAGCGUCCUGAGAAAGAUGUG